ACUUACGUACUCACCGACAGGCCCACGUGUUUUUCUCAAAUUCUCACAACUAUUCUGUAUGCACAACUUAUCGCAAUAUGCGUAUAGAGACGUGUUAUUUUUGUUCAUCUCGGAUAUUUCCGGGACAUGGAAUUCAGUUUGUAAGGAAUGAUUGUAAGAUAUUCAAGUUCUGUCGCUCGAAAUGUCACGCUGCAUUCAAAAAGAAGAAGAAUCCCAGAAAAGUCAAAUGGACCAAAGCCUUCAGAAAGACAGUUGGCAAAGAUUUGGCAGUGGAUCCGUCGUUCGAGUUUGAAAAGAGGAGAAAUGUACCCAUCAAAUAUAACAGAGAAUUAUGGAGCAAGACUAUAGAAGCAAUGAAAAAGGUAGAAAUUAUCAGGCAGAGGCGACAGAAUCUACACAUUAUGCAGCGAUUACGUAAGGGAAAAGAACUCGAACAGGAGAGAGAUAUCAAGGAGGUGCAGCGUGACUUGUCUCUCAUCCGUUCACCAGCCGCUGGCCUCAAACAGAGGAAGAAGCAAGAAGAGGCAGAAGAACAGGAACACAUGCAAGUAGAUGAAGAUUCCAACAAUGAACUCGAAGCCGAGGCAGAAGUAAAUUAAAUCGUUGUAUAUAUUUUUAUAUAUCAUUUCAAUAUCCUAAAUCGUUUCCACUAUAUCAAUUAAUUAUUGAUUAUAAGUUAUAAUAAUUCUAUGUAAAUAUAUCUACAUAGUAUCUACGUAGAUAUAAUUUUAAAAAAAAUAAAGAAAUGCGAAAUUGUGGAAAAUUAUGCGAAAACUACACAAGAGAAUAAAAAAUUUUUAAAUUUUAUUUCUCUUAUCUAUUAUUUUUUAAUGUCAAGUUUGACAAAUAAAAAAUCAUGGAUAUUUAUUCUCUCAGUUUUCUUUUUACCAAAAGUUUCGAGUUUCAAACUUUUUAAAGAGAUUACAGAUGGAGUUACUAGGCUUAAUUAUGAGCAAAUUGAAAUCUACUUGGUUUAAUAUGCGAUCUCUAGUCUAAUCUAGUCUAUUCACUAAAUCCGUUCCAUAGCUGUUCAUGCAUUGUGCAAUGUCGAUACGAUAUUCUUGUCAUUGGGAACACAUAAUAAGAAUAAAUAAUGUUCUCCCAUUAAAUCGCACAAUUAUACAUGUACAAUGAGCGCAUAUUAAAGCUGCAUCCGCAUCUCAA